AUGGCCGAUGAGGCCACAAUGCUGGUGCUGCUCGUGCCGCAGUGGACCAAACCAGAAGGAAUAGACCAGAUGUCUUACCUGCUGGAACUUUUCUGUGAGGGACAGGUGGAACAACCGAGGAUCAUUCACACAGAUUUACUCUUUCAUUCUAUCUCGGACUUCCAACAUGGCAAGAAAUACACUGUCCAAGUAUCUGCACUGAAAAAUGGCCGUCAAAGCACACCCACCUCCAAAAGUUUUACAACAGAACUCCUCCUUCCUAAGCUGCUGUCAACCUUGGGCCUGGGGGAUCUUCAUGGAGGGAAACUCACACUCAGCUCAGUCCUGGAGAUCAACAGUAACACAGUGUCUGACAAACCAUCACAGAGUCUGGAGCAGCUACCAUGGACCUUCUUAAGGAAACUGAUGAUGUCCAAUUUAAAUGCAAGAAAUAUGAAAUGUGAAUCAUACCAGCGAAUGUAUGAUUAUAGUUUCACUGAUGAUGAUGAUUCUGAUGUUAAUCCUCUAGAUUUGAUCACUGCGCUUUUCCACUGCUCAGAUUUUUUCCUCCAGCAGGAACUGGUCUCCAAAAUGUCCAUGUGCCAGUUUGCUGUUCCUUUGCUGCUGCCAAACUGUGACACACAGCAAAGCACUCUGAUGCUGUGGGCCAUGAGAGACCUUGUUAAAAGGUUCAGGCCUAAUUCUCUAGCAGGUGACAGGACAUUUGUAGAGGGCAGGAUCGUAGAAAUGGACAUCCCCAUGGUGUCUUUUGUUAGACUAGGAGAGAGUAGUCUGCCCAAAUCUCAAACUCUGAACAAGUUACUCAGUAAUCCUCAUCAGCCCAACAACACAUUUGUUCACUGUGACAUGGAGUGUGGUGAUGUGCCCAGGAGAAUCUCAGAUGGUCUGGUUGAAGUCAGCUGGUAUCUACCCUGUGGGAACACAAACAUUGACUUGUUCACACAGCCAGUGGCCAUAGCCAAUCUGAGAGGAGAUGGCAGGUUGUUUAAGACCCAGAUGUCCUUCCUGUAUGAGACCUCAGCUGCAGUUUUCAUCUUCAUUGAUGACCUAGAGGGAGACCUCAGCACUCUGAACAACAGAGAGAGCAGAGCUGAGCUGUUCCUGGUCACCAACUCUCAGAGUAAGGUCUUCAACAAGGAGACACUCAGGGAUAGAUGCAUGAAGCACAAGGUGAAGGAGACCAAUGUGAUCAUCAAGAAAAAGCAGAAUGAUGCAGAGUUUGUAAAGACUUUGCGUUUCCAUGUGAAUGGUGCCAUGGGAAAGAAUCCAAUUAAAAUGAAAGUGGAAGACAUGGCUGCUGUUUCUCGACAUGUUGGUAUUGUGGUUGAUGAGGACUGCACUGAGUGUACAAAUGGCAGAGCAAAUGCUGAAGGCAUCACUGGAAGCAUUCAGGAUGUUGUGGAAUUCAAGGAAGACCAGUUGCCCUUACAUGGUGAUAUCUGGAAGCAAAUCAGUCAGAUAGAAAAAGAGAACUGCAGAAUGCGUUAUGCAGACAAAGACAUAGAGAGUUACAGGAGUUCACUCAAGACAAAAGAAGAAAAACUCAGAAAGAAACAGCAGCAGACGGCUGUCUCAGAAGCCAUGGUGAAAUUCACUUCUGGAAUCUCAGAGUCAGGAACAGAGCGUCUCUACUUCCUGAAGUGGCUGAAGAUUCAGCUGGACACCAUCUCUAGACAUAACCUGUCCACACUGAGAGAGCAGUACAAAGACUGCUGUAGAAACACACCACAGAAUAAGAAGCUGAUUGCAGACUUGAAUGAGAAAAUCUCCAACUGCUCGUUGGGUCCUGAGCACUUCUUCCGUGAGCUGGGCCAGCUUUAUGAGUGUGCUUGCUCCCUUCCAGAAAACAACCCAGGCCGACAACAAGUCCAGCACCUACCUGCUCUGUGUGCUCAGAUGCUGCUGGAUGGGUUUCCAGUUGAGCUGGUCGAUGGAGACGCAUCAAACAUCCCAAUGAAGUGGAUUAAAGAGGUCCUGACUCAGCUACAUCAGCUGGUGGACACCAAGAGUAAGAUCCUGGUGUUGACUGUGCUGGGAGUGCAAAGCACUGGGAAGUCAACCCUUCUCAACACCAUGUUUGGAGUGCAGUUUGCAGUCAGCAGUGGAAGAUGCACCAGAGGAGCCUUCAUGCUGCUGAUUAAAGUCUCUGAGGAAUUCAGAUCUGAGCUCCAGUGUGACUUCAUCAUGGUCAUUGACACGGAGGGCUUAAAAUCACCUGAGCUGGCAUCAUUGGACACAAGCUAUGAACACGACAACGAAUUAGCAACGCUGGUCAUAGGGCUCAGUGACAUCACCAUCAUCAAUAUUGCCAUGGAGAACAACACAGAGAUGAAGGACAUUCUGCAGAUUGUGGUCCACGCCUUUCUCCGGAUGAAGGAGGUUGGGAAGAAGCCCAGAUGUCUGUUUGUGCAUCAGAACGUGUCCGACAUGUCUGCUCAUGACAGCAACAUGAGAGACAGGGAGAAGCUGAUGGAGCAGUUGGAUGAGAUGACUCGAGCAGCUGCUAAAAUGGAGAAAAAAGUAGGUUAUACAAAGUUCACUGACGUGAUGGACUACGAUCCUGACAAAGACAGCUACUACAUCCCUGGACUUUGGCAUGGAACUCCCCCAAUGGCCCCAGUGAAUGCUGGUUACAGUGAAGCUGUCUAUGAACUCAAGAAGAAUUUACUUGGCUCCUUACACACAUCUGAUAACAUCUACAGAAUAAAUGCAGAGGGCUUUCUGAUGUGGACUAGUGGUUUGUGGGAAGCUGUGAAAUAUGAAAAGUUCAUGUUCAGCUUCAGGAACAGUUUGGUGGCAGAUGACACAAAUAUCAGAAAAUGCAUGAGUUGUUCAUCAGGGACAGUGACCCAAAGAUACGCUUAG